AUGGAGGACGCAAUGAGCGACGAGAAAAUGGAAUCGCGGCCUCCCUCUUCGAUGACCGACGAAGAGUUCGACGCUUGGUGGCCUUUCGACGAUGACGACCUGGAUGAAUUUGAACGUGAUAUCGAAGAAUCUCUUCAAGGUUACGACGUUCUCCCUGACCCCAACUGGGAGGAGAACAGGCGGCGCGUUCAGGAAAUGGCCCGCCGCACCCGCGUCAACAAGCACCCCGGGCGCAUAACCGAGGCGGAGCGGCAGAAGUUGCCCCCCGGCUUGCUCGCCUACUGGCGCGGAGAGGCUGCCACGCCUUACGACGACCCCACCGGGUGGGAUGAGUUCCGGAAAACCCUGAUCCCCUCUGACGACCUGUGGCGGCUGGUACCCAUCGACACCUCUGCGGACGCCGGCCAACAGGCCCAACCCGACGCUGGACCAUCCUCCUUCGAUAACCCCGCGUAA